UUCUUCGAAAUGGUCUACACUACAUUCGACUCCCUUCCCAUGCACCCUACCCCACCUAAUUCCUUCCUUGCCGGCCAUCAUACAUGGCAUUCCUGAAACUUCUCGCUCGCCACCACAACCAACUCUCCACCCAAACCCGUCGUCUCUCCGUCGCCGCCGCCGCCGCCGUCCUUCCGGAGACCGCAAUCUGGACUCCCGCCCCUCUCCUAACCGUCUCUCCCGCCGCGAGGUCCCUCUUCCACGUUGCAAUCGACGUCUCUGAUUCUCCUGAGCUCGCCGUGUCCCACACUAGGGCCGGGCAGUAUCUCCAGCUCCGAGUCCCCCGCGUCGCCAAACCGUCCUUCCUUGCUAUUGCUUCCCCGCCUUCCCUCGCCGCCGCCAGGGGCGUGUUUGAGUUUUUAGUGAAGAGCGUUCCCGGCUCCACCGCUGAGCUUCUAUGUGAUCUCCGACGAGGUGAUAUUGUAGAGUUGAGCCAUAUUAUGGGGGAUGGUUUCGACAUCGAUCGGAUCUCUCCGCCAGAGAAGUUUCAGACUGUUCUAAUUUUUGCCGCCGGAUCUGGAAUCAGCCCAAUUCGAUCUUUAAUUGAGGCAGGGUUUGGUGCUGACCAGAGAUCUGAUGUGCGAUUAUAUUAUGGUGCAGAAAAUCUAGAGAGAAUGGCCUAUCAGGAUAGGUUUAAAAAUUGGGAAGCUUCCGGAGUUGACAUUGUACCAGUAUUGUCUCAACCUGAUGACACUUGGACUGGAGAUUGUGGAUUUGUGCAGGCUGCAUUUUCCAAAGCCAAAAGAACUUUUAGCCCUCGGUCCACUGGUGCAGUGCUUUGUGGACGAAGACGAAUGACUGAGGAGGUUACUUCUGUUCUUUUAGCAAAUGGCGUCCCAGCUGAGAAGAUUCUAAAGAACUUCUAACUUGAAAUCGGAAGUGUUGCUUGUAUUAUAUUUCUCGCUCACAACAAAUCAUUCAAUUUGACCUGCUCUGAGGAGCAAGAUUUUGCAAAUGCGGUAUACAAACACCCGAAGUCCUUGCCUGUUGCCUUCUGUAGCUGAUGUACUGUACUUCAGAGGAGAAAGAGUAGAUGAAGUUUUGUAGGGAGGUAUGUUGUGCUCUCAAAUUAUUGAUAGUAGCUUUCUCAUUUUUCCUUUUUUGCCAUUAUUUAUAAUUACUAAAAGUGGCUAUUUGGAAAGAUGGUGCCCCAAUAUUCUUUGUACACAAUCUAUACAAAUUCUUGUAGCCUAAUUAGUUUUUUAGUAUUGUAUGGUUAUGCGCUAGAAAUUACAUACACAGUUUCAUGGAGAAAAUUAAUAAAAAUUACAUACAUAUAGUUUCAUUCACUGUA